UAGAGAAAACUUGAAACGUCAUCGUUUGAAGCUGCCUGCAGCAGCAUCAGGAAUUCCUAAUUUCUGUAUCGGCGAAGACCCAUUAACCGGAGUUGGAGCAAAAUGGGUAAAAUUGCGGUUGUGGCGAUUGUAAGUUCAUGGGUAGUAGCUAUAUCAAUCCUCGUCAAUUGCAUUGUGCCUGAUCCUUACAUGGACGAAAUAUUUCAUAUACCUCAAGCGCAUCAGUACUGCAAAGGCAAUUUCAGAAUCUGGGAUCCCAUGAUCACUACCCCUCCUGGCCUGUAUAUUGUUUCACUUGCCCAUGUUGCUUCUUUGUUUCCAGGGCUGUUCUCUAUGAAAAUAGGUGCUUCAUUUUCAGAUGCUUGUUCCUCUUCCAUCCUACGCUCCAGCAAUGGUGUAUUGGCUGUAUUUUGCAGCAUUCUGGUUUACAACAUACUUACCCACCUCAGGCCUUCCCUUAGUGACAGAAAAGUAACUCUUCGGACAGUUGUCCUAGCGUUGUAUCCCCUUCACUGGUUCUUCAGUUUUCUUUAUUAUACAGAUGUAGCAUCACUAACUGCUGUACUGGCAUCAUAUCUUAUGAGUCUCAAGAAGAAUUAUUUCUUGAGUUCCCUGGUUGGGGCUCUGGCGGUGCUGAUACGGCAAACAAAUAUCAUAUGGGUCCUUUUUAUAGCAUGCACAGGGGUUUUAGACUAUAUUCUAACUCAGCGGAAGGAUAAUGCUGUAUUGGCUGAAUCUAGUCCAUCACAAGGUAAAGAUGCUUUCUCAGUUUGGAACCAAGGUGUCGGAACAGGCUCUAACUUGAGAAAGCGCAAAAUCAGUAAUCAGGCAGCUACAUUCAGCUCUUCUGUCCACCAAACGGUUGGUUCCACAAAGCCUUCCUCAGAGUUCUCCCAUGAGGUGCGUGAAAUUAUCUCAAGACUGUGGCAACUUAAGUGGGAGCUUUUUGCAACUUUUUGGCCUUACUUCAUAGUUAUGGUCGCUUUCAUUACCUUUGUUUGUUUGAACGGGAGUAUAGUUCUUGGUGCAAAAGAGGCUCAUACAGUUUCUCCACAUUUUGCACAAUUGAUGUAUUUUAGCUUGGUAUCUGCCCUGUUUAUGACUCCCGUGCACUUCACAAUUAGGCAAGCUGCAGUGUUGGCUCAGUCCUUCUGGAAGAAAAAUAAGCUGGUCAGUUUCUUUCAGUUGUGUACGGCGUUAAUCGUUGGGUUCUUCUCAGUGCACUUUUUCAGCAUUGCCCACCCUUAUCUCGUUGCUGACAAUCGACACUAUCCCUUUUAUCUCUGGAGAAAAGUAAUCAAAUUUCAUUGGACAAUGAAGUACCUUCUGGUUCCACUCUAUGUGUAUUCAUGGAUAUCCAUCUUCAGAAUCUUGGCUAAAAGUCAGAGGAAGACAUGGGUACUAGUAUAUUUUUUGGCUACCUCUGCGACAUUGAUUCCUGCUCCACUUAUAGAGUUCAGAUAUUAUACAAUUCCGUUCUUUUUCUUGAUCCUCCAUUCUCAUGUUGAUGAUGACAGAAGUUGGCUUUUGAUGGGAGUUCAGUAUGUUGCCAUUAAUAUUUUCACUAUGUAUAUGUUCUUGUUCCGGCCGUUUUCUUGGGUCCAUGAGACUGGUGUACAGAGAUUUAUAUGGUAGCAAGACAGACACUUUGGAGAACUUAAGCGGUUUAAAUUUGCUGCACCAGUAUUCUGGCUGUACCUGCUGAUCCCAAUGGCCAAUUUGCUCAUUCAUGCAGUUUAGGAUCAUUUUUUGUAAGUUUAGUGGGAAUUGGUAUACCAUUUCAUUGAGAAUGAUGCUCUAGCUGGGCUAUCAGAUUUUGGUAUGUGGUGUUCAUAUUGUACAAUAACUUUAUUAGCAUCAGAAUGAGUGGUAAAAGGAACUUCUUAUCAAAACAAGUUGCUAUGAAGUUGGUUACUCUCACAUUACAUCAAA